CUUCGACAGCCACCCGCGGAGCCCCCGCCAUCUCCGGCCGCCGCCCCAGCAGACCCCCGACCGCCUGCGGCCCCACCUUCUUCUUCGAAUUCACCCGAUUGCGGCGGCCCCGGCAGGCAGGAGGUUGGCCUCGAGCAGCCUGGCACCCCCUGCGGCUUUGUCUGGGGUCGUAUAUAACAAGGGCGCUGUGGCGCAAAGCGACGAGCGGUAUUAAUUAGCUUUAGUGUUCUCAUCUCCUUUGUUUUUGUUUAGCAUUAGUUAGAAGUGGCUAGCCCCUGCAGGGCAGUUGUCUCCUUCGAUAAAUGUUCGUGAUUGAUGUAUGAUUUUGGUCGCGAAAUUAUUUUGAUGGCGACGCAAGCCUUUGCCUUUCUUUCCACGAGCGUCCACCACAAAAAAAAGCAUGGUGGCAUUUGUUUCUGUGAAUCGCAAUCAAUUCUCAUUCCAGGACGAUCAUGGCGGCCUCGGCGAUUUACGAAUACGAAAUAACAGCGGUGGUGUGGAGAUGGUGGUCGUGGAGCGCGGAACGCGUGAAGGAGUUUCUUACCAACACGAACGGCUUCUGCGAGAGGGACAGCGCUUGCCAGGUAACGCAUGUGGAGGAGGCAGGGACGGCCGCUGAGGCAAGAUGGCGGAUCACGCUGCAGGUCAAGUGCAGCACUGGUAUCCGCAUGGUGCCGGGUUUUCUGUGUUGUGGGUUGGUAUGUAUUCGCGCGGGGAGCCCUCAGCAAGAUCAAGAACAUGCCCUGCGUAACGUAUUCGCACCGCAGGGCUGGUGUAUGUUCAUCGAAAAACCCGCCAUGGACUUUGGUUGGCGUUGCUUAUCUCGCGAAGGAUAGGAAGACAAGCUGUUGGCCGCAGCGACUGUUGUAUGCUCAUUAAUUUUGUAUGUCUAUUUUCAGUCUACGUAUGGAUCUUUUGGCUCCAGGCCCACAGUCUUGUGCUUCUGCUGCACUAGAAGAACCCACAACCGAAAAAAAGCUCUGCCUUGCAUAGUUUGAAUCCCGGAUCGCUUCGCGGAAGCGUUUUCGGAGCGCUUACGCGGGAGCACUCUUCUGGGGGUCCUCUCCGCCACGAAGCCCCGUCGCGCGCCGCAGUAA